AUGUCCAACGAAUCCACCCCGCAUCCAACCUACCACCCCCAAACCACGGCGACGGCCGUGAACAGCGCCAACCACGGCGAGAACAAGUCCUGCGCUGCCGAGGAACGGCCCCCGCGCAGCCGGGCCCUGCUGCUGAGUGACAGCGAGAUCAGCGUGCUGGAUCUGGGGCCGAGUCUGGAGUUUGAGGUUGAGUGUGAACUUGAGGGUGUGGAGGCUCGGGUCGUGGGGAUAGAGAUGGAGAGGGAGAGGAAGAGGGAGGAAUUUAGGAGAUGA